CCUGGAAAUUGGUACAGAGAUUCAGUCUUUGUCCAGGAAGACACUUUGAAGUAGAAGAAUGAUACCCAUCCAACUCAGUGUCUUCUUCAUGAUCAUCUACGUGCUUGAGUCCUUGACAAUUAUUGUGCAGAGCAGCUUAAUUGUUGCAGUGCUGGGCAGAGAAUGGCUGCAAGUCAGAAGGCUGAUGCCUGUGGACAUGAUUCUCAUCAGCCUGGGCAUCUCUCGUUUCUGUCUACAGUGGACAUCAAUGCUGAAUGAUUUUUGCUUCUAUUUUAAUUUUAAUUAUGUACUUUGCAACUUAACAAUAACCUGGAAAUUUUUUAAUGUCCUUACAUUCUGGUUAAACAGCUUGCUUACCAUCUUCUACUGCAUCAAGGUCUCUUCUUUCACCCAUCCCAUCGUUCUCUGGCUGAGGUGGAGAAUUUUGAGGUGGCUUCCCUGGCUAUUACUGGGUUGUUUGAUGAUUACUUGUGUGACAAUCAUCCCUUCAGCUAUUGGGAAUUACAUUCAAAUUCAGUUUCUCACCAUGGAGCAGCUACCCAGAAACAGCACUGUAAUUGACAGACUUCAAAAGUUUCAUCAGUAUCCACUCCAGGCUCAUACAGUCGAGUUGGUUGUUCCUUUCAUCCUGUUCCUGGCCUCCACCAUCAUGCUCAUGGCAUCACUAAUCAAGCAGAUACAACAUCAUGGCACUGGUCACUGCAAUCCAAGCAUGAAAGCGCACUUCACUGCCCUGAGGUCCCUUGCCAUCUUGUUUAUCGUGUUUACCUCUUACUUUCUAACCAUACUUAUCACCAUAAUAGGUACUCCAUUUGAUAAGAGAUGUUGGUUAUGGGUCUGGGAAGCUUUUGUCUAUGCUUUCAUCUUUAUGCAUUCCACUUCACUGAUGCUGAGCAGCCCUACAUUGAAAAGGAUUCUAAAUGGAAAAUGCUAGGCCUAGAGGUUGCCUGAGGCACAGGGUACAAGACUCCCGGGCAAUUGAUAUAAUUAAUACCAGUAAAGAGUAUUGCUCUUAUCAAUCAAUUCAUUGUGAAUCACCAUGAAUGCAAGCCUCAUUCUCUUCCAUCUUCGCAGUCAUCUAUUUCUAAAUAAUCAACCCUUUCUCCAACCUUUUCCACUGGUUUCCUUUCCCUUUCCCUUUCACAAUCCUCAGGUUGGUUCCAACUUGCUCAAGACUGCCCCAUCUCUCCUUAGUCCUUGCCAACUCUGGAAUCGUAUACCUGGUAUAUUCUACACAAGACAGUCAAAAUCAUGGUGUCCACACAUUACUCUAACCUUCCCAUGACUGCCAGUUACUUCACACAUGAAUAUGAAUACCAUCCCACAAAAACGUAUUGCUCGUACCCUGAAUGCUUCCCAUACUAAGCCUUCAAUUCACUUUCUUUAGUCAAGGGGUGUCCUCUCUCUCUCUCUCUCUCUCUCUCUCUCUCUCUCUGUC